AUGGACUUUGAGCGGGAUGGUGGCAACACAACGGGAAUCGUCGCCGGGAUACAACAAAAUAUACGACAGCUAAAUGAGCAAAUUUCUCUGCUCGAGACAUGGAUUCCCCGAUUGACGGCCCGUUCCGCUGAAGGUGAUCAUGUACGACAGCUCUUCAACGAGAAAGCGCAAAGUCUUCAACAGUUGAGCAAGGACACGAAUCAUUUGAUGAAACAACUCGUUGAUAGGAGUCAUAACGAUCGCACUCUUCGGGUGCAUCGGGAGCGUCUUUCAAACGAAUUCGCUAGUGUUCUCAAUCGUCUUCAAGCGGCACAAAGAAAGGCUGCUUCAAAGGAGAAAGAUGAUGUGAAAAGUAUUCGAGACUUGGCCCUAUCUGAGGAAGAAAAUAUGCGUCGUUAUGAAAGGGACGUCAUUGAUGCACAACGACAAGUUCAGAUGCAACGAAGCCAACAAGUCAACUUGCAAGAAAUCAAGGAUCGGCAAGCUACAAUUGCUCAACUGGAACGCGACAUAUCCGACGUUAAUCAAAUCUUUGCUGAUUUGGCUCGAAUUGUGCAUGAUCAAGGAGAUAUGGUGGACAGCAUUGAAGCAAAUGUGGAACACGCACAAAUACAUGUUGAACAGGGAGGCCGUGAUGUGCAACAAGCCGUCUACUACAACCAACAAGCACGUAAGAAGAAAAUGAUGUUGUGUGUCUUCCUCAUGAUUCUCGUGCUCAUUCUGGCUCUCACCGUCUACUUUGGCAUCAAA